GGCCCUGUUCAGUGGGUGGAGAAGCAUCCAGCAGGCCUUGAGGAUCCAAGACUCUGGAGAUUUUAGAGGUUGGAGGUCCCAAUGGCUGCAAAGUCCCAGCCCAACGCUCCCAAAACCAAGAGUCCAGGCAGCGUCGCCAGUGGCAAGGCUGUGACUCAAGGGCAGUGGGGCCGUGCCUGGGAGGUGGACUGGUUUUCCUUGGCGAGCAUCGUCUUCCUGCUGCUAUGCGCGCCCUUGAUUGUGUACUACUUCAUCAUGGCCUGUGACCAGUAUAGCUGCUCUCUGACCGCCCCGGUGCUGGACGUCGCCACCGGCCAGAUGCACCUCACAGACAUCUGGGCCAAGACCCCGUCUGUGACGACGAAAGCGGCCCAGCUCUACGCCUUGUGGGUCACGUUCCAGGUGCUUUUGUACAUGGUGCUUCCCGACCUCUGCCAUAAGUUUCUGCCGGGCUACGUGGGUGGCGUUCAAGAGGGUGCCGUGACCCCCGCAGGGGUUGUCAACAAGUAUGAAAUCAACGGCCUGCAAGCGUGGCUCAUCACACACCUCCUGUGGUUUGCAAACUCUCGCCUCCUGUUCUGGUUCUCGCCCACCAUCAUCUUCGACAACUGGAUACCACUGCUGUGGUGCGCCAACAUCCUCGGCUAUGCCGUUUCUACCUUCGCCAUGGUCAAGGGCUACUUCUUCCCCACCAAUGCGCAAGACUGCAAAUUCACAGGCAACUUCUUUUACAACUACAUGAUGGGCAUUGAGUUUAACCCUCGGAUUGGGAAGUGGUUUGACUUCAAGCUGUUCUUCAAUGGGCGCCCUGGGAUUGUCGCCUGGACCCUCAUCAACCUGUCCUUUGCAGCCAAGCAGCAGGAACUCUACGGCCAUGUCACCAACUCCAUGGUCCUGGUCAACGUCCUGCAGGCCAUCUACGUGCUGGACUUCUUCUGGAAUGAAGCCUGGUACCUGAAAACCAUCGACAUCUGCCACGACCACUUCGGGUGGUACCUGGGCUGGGGGGACUGUGUCUGGCUGCCGUACCUCUACACGCUGCAGGGUCUGUACCUGGUCUACCACCCUGUGCAGCUGUCUGCCCCACACGCCGUGGGUGUCCUAUUGCUGGGCCUGCUGGGCUACUACAUCUUCCGGAUGGCCAACCACCAGAAGGAUCUGUUCCGCCGCACGGACGGGCGCUGCCUGAUCUGGGGCAGGAAGCCUGUGGUCAUCGAGUGCAUGUACACAUCAGCAAAUGGGCAGAAACACCACAGCAAGCUGCUGGCGUCGGGCUUCUGGGGCAUAGCCCGCCACCUAAACUACACGGGCGACCUGAUGGGCAGCCUGGCAUACUGCCUGGCCUGCGGCAGCGAGGGCCACCUGCUGCCCUACUUCUACAUCAUCUACAUGACCAUCCUGCUGUCCCACCGCUGCCUGCGGGACGAGCACCGCUGUGCCAGCAAGUACGGCGGCGACUGGGCGCGCUACACCACCGCCGUGCCUUACCGCCUGCUGCCCAGGGUCUUCUGACCGACCCCCGGGGGGAACCCCAGGACAGGAGAGGCUCUGCGGCUGGGCCCCAGGAGCCUCCGUUUCCUCACCCGUAAAACCGAGCUAGCCAGUCCUGGGCGGGUGUCUCCGUCAGUGUGCUGUUCUGUCCCCUCGGCGCGGGGGCUUCUGAGGGUCUGCGCCAGCAAAAUGACCAGCUUCCUCUGUUCGGUGUUUGAGGGUGGGAGGGUGACCUGGUCCUCUUGCCAACUGUGAGGACAGCGUUUCUCUGUAUUGGAGCCCCAGCUGCCGUUCUGCCCAGACCGACUGGCGUGGACGCUCUUGGGCCGCCGUCCCACGCCAGACCACGUCCUGCUAAGGGCAUGGAAGGAGGUGGAUGGAGAAGAUCGCAUCAGCCCCAGGUCCACCUUCGUCACCUGCUCUGCCAUAAUGAGCUGGACCUGUCAAAAGUGCCUCCUUUGGGCGUGGGACGUUGCAUUUGUCUUAACGGGCGCAGGGUGCAGCACAGUGGGGGCCUUCUGCUUCAGGAGGGGACAGCCAGGGGCCAGGCCCGCAGCCUGCAGACCCGACGGCCGGGCCUCCCAGGCUCCGCUCCCCCCGGGUGUCCAGCAGCCGGUGCACCCUGCUGGUGCCGAGUCCAACAAGUCUGAGUCCCACUCUUGGGUGGGGCCCCUUUGAAGUGUUCUUACCAUGGGCACUUUCCCUCAACCCUAGGAUUUUCUUGAAAGCUCUCUUUGAAUGUCACUGCCCUGGAAGGGUUUGUGGUUCUUUCUAUUAAACAUUCCUGUGCAAACUUCA